GUCACACCCCUCUCACCUCACGCCACUCUCCACCUCCAUGGCCGGAAGCUCCGUGGGCAGCCUUGCGCCUAUUGCACCAGUAUGGGCGUGCCUCCCGGGCGGAGCAGCUCUUGCCGGUGGGCAGGCGUCGGUCACUGCUGUCGCUGCCGCCACAGGCCACCUUGUGGUGGCUGUCCAUGGCGGACGAAGCGUGGUGGCGGUGACCAACGCUGUCCACUCACCCGAAGCAGGCCAAGCACUUGCUGAUUGGCUAGUCGGGGCAGAGGUGCCAGACGCCCCGCCACCGGCCGGUCCCUGGCUCGUCCACUCGCUCCCAACGCCUGCUGUCGCUGUCUUUCUCGCCCCGGAUGCAAAGGGCCUCCUGCACCUGGUGGUUAUCGAAGCUGCACCGGAUGCUGUCUCGGUCUGGACCAAGCCAAGCGAUGCCCCGUGUGAUGGCACCUCACCCUGGCUGCCCUACGCUCGCUGUGAUGUUCCCCGCCUUGGCUCCGUCGCUGCCUCGGCCUACGUUCCGGAAGCACGGGUCGUGGUCUGGGCAGACGCUGAUCCGCCGGUACUCUCGAGUGUCACCAGCCGCGGCUCGGACGACGAGUCUGAUGACGAGUCUGCCGCGCCCAAGAACCGGGAUGUUGAUUCGGGCUCACGGAUCUGCGCUCUUGCGCUCCCAGUCCACGCUGAUGCUCCAUGGCCGCCCGUCGUCGAGCUCCGCUCUUCGGUCUGUGGCCUCUCGGCGCUCCUUGGCUCGCGAUCGAACCUGUGGAUGGUAGCCACCGACGAGGAUUGGUCGGUAGCCUACGCCAGUGUGUCUCGCGACCGGCUUGCCGCUGCCGAGCUUGCUCCUUCGAGCCUUGACGGCCCUGUCAUUGCGUCGACCAUUCACACCUCGACCGGCGAGCUUGUUGUCCUUACUUUGAGUGGCCGGCUGUACGUGGUGUCGGCGCCGGACACCCAGUCUUCAAUGCCAAAGCGCGUUGUUCUCCGUGCUCAGCCGCUCGGCUGCCUACAUCAAGUCCCAUCACCGCCCGGCCUGGGCUCAGAUGGCGCACCUUGGGAUCCGUUGCAGGCCAAGGCGCUGGUGGCAACCCGUGAGGUUGUUGGUCUUGUUGCGCCAGCUGCCCUCGGCAUCUACCAUGUUGCCCACGGCAGCCUGUUGGGCAAGAUCGCGUAUCCCAGUGGGGUGAGCCUUGCCGACUUGCGCGGGACUCUUGUCGUUGUGCCGUCGGUCGCCGAUGGCCGGCGUCUUGGGCCGGGUGACGUGGGCGUCUGGGGCUCGGGUGGCAUGUUUCUCCUCCGCCUGUCCAACGUCAGCACGCGCGCUGCUCGGCUUGUCGAGCCGUCGGUGACGUCGCACCUCCUCCGCGACGCCGCGCGCCUGUGCGAGGCAUGGUCGCUGCCGCGGCAUACUGCAAAGUACUUGCUCGACGCCGGGUUUGAAGCCCAGGCUGCGCUCGAGACCGCGCCGCGCGGCGAGGGUGCUUCUACCCAGGCUGAGCUUCUGGCCGAUGUCGCGGCCGCCGUCCUCGACUUUGUGCAGAAUCCUGCGCUCAUGCUGGCACUGUUGCCCGGAGCGCUGGCCGGCGCAACCGCUGAUGCUGCUGUUGCGGAUGCUGUCGACGAUGCCCGUCUCAGUUUCCACACCUUUACUCCGCUCAAUCGCGUGCUCAAGGCCGAGUUCGUGGCUUAUCUCGAGGCGCGGACCAAGGCUUGCAGGUACAGUGAGCCAGCAAGCCGACAGCUGCCGGACGCACUUGGCCCACACAUGCCCAACCGUCCUGUACCGCAUGCUCGGCUCGUGGAGAUGCCACUCUCGAUCCUGGCUGCAUGGAUCCGGGCUGCGCCCGGGCCAGUUCUCGACGCCCUGCUUCCUGCCGCGCUGGCGAGUGGCCGGCUCGUGCCGCACCUGCGCUGCGAGAAAGAGACGUCGGCCGCUGUAUCGGCGUACUCGUCGCUGCUGCAAGCCCACGCCUCGCCCGUCAAGGGUGGCGAAGCCCGCCCGUUUGCCGACACUCAUCCCGGCCUUGCGCUCCAUUCAGGGGACGAUUGUGAGGCGAGCCUUUUCGAGCUUGUGGUCCUCGCCCUCUUUCUUCACCGCCCAUCAGCAGUUGUCGGUGCGGUGCGGUCGCUGGCGCUGGCGCCAGAGCCGCGGCAGUGCGCUGCCUACCUCGCCGCCGCGCAGCUUGGCCACGCGCUAGGCGCCAUUGCUGCAGCCGAUCAGGAUGUGGCGUCGGCUGUCGCCGAGCUGUAUGCACUCGCGCUUGAAGUGCCGCAGGCUGUCCAGGUCUACGUCGCUCGCGCCGACUUUGACGCCGCCUUUGUGCUCGUCGAGGACGCGCUCGGUGGUGCUGAGCUGGCGCCUGGCGUUCCGAGCGAGGAAGCGCUGUUCUCCAGCUUGGCCAUCGCAGUCCUGGCUUCGACCACAGCCCAGCAGUGGCUCCCACGGCUCUGGCGCCUUGUUCCGUCGUCGAUGACCGCCGUCGAUCUCCUCGCCGUCAUCGAGACUGCCCUCCGCGCCCCGACCUGUGCCCUCACUGUCGCGGACGUUGCCGACGUCCUCCUUGCCCACUCGUGAUGGCUCUCUGUCUCGCAACCUGCAGCAAUAAUACAUGCGCCGAUUCCCC